AUAUUCCAUAAGAAUACAAGGGAUAAAGAAUGGACUCGCAAGAAACCGCGAACAAUAUGGCCGAAUCUACUUCGGGCCAUGUAAAUAUGGUGAAGCCAAACGUUCUUUCACCACCGCAAGGCUUUCAGGCGAGACCGCAAGGUCUGCCACCAUCUCCCAGAAAUUCGAUAAAUAAUGGUCCCGUAGGCGUUCCUCGACCGGGACAACCACUGCGCCGAUUGGAUAGUCGUUCUUCCUUAGGUCCGUCGCCGGCCUCAGGUCAAUUUGUGCAGCUUAGACCUUACGGUCCGCCGAGACCACCAGGGAGCUCCUUCCCUCUAAGAUCACCGCAACCCGGUCAACUGCCUCCACAGAAUCCGCUGCAUCCCUCAAAUCAGCGUUUCAUCUAUUCCCCGGGGAUUCGCGGUCCUCCCCCGCAAGGAGGUCAACGACCACCCUUCGUCGGUAACCAGCAGGUGUAUCAACAACAGCAGCAGCAGCAGCGAGGCAACAACGAUCCGCGAUUUCAACGACCUGAUAUCGCGCCCGAAAACGGGCCGCGGCGACCUAGUCAAGAAUCCGUUUUCCCCAGACAAUUACUGAGAAAUGACUCAUCAUUGAGCUUGCAGCAGCGACAGCAUCUUUCGUCAAACGAGGAGAUCAAGCAGCCGACACGACCGCGUAUUGUCAUCGAAAAGAUGGCGGAUAUAAAUGAGACCAGCGACGUUGAUAAACCAGAGGGCUAUCUACAAAGGAAGAAAUCCGACGUCCGUGAAAACGGCGAAAAUGACGACGAUGACGAUGUCGUGAUGGAUAAUGAGAAAUUAUCGCAACACCCUCGGGAUAGCAUUCCUGAGGGACUGGUGAACGGCUCCAAGUCGCCCUUAACCCCGAAAAAACCCAUGAAUCGACCAGGAACAGCCACUAUCGAAAAUCCGAGUAAAUAUCUUGAUAAAGCAUCGAAAGAGUUUUCUGAGGAUAUGUCGUCGGUUAUUUUUCAAAGCAGACCUUCCUCCGCAGUAAAUGAUGAUAAAGAAGAAAGGAAAGACGAAAAAUUCUCCAGCAGACCGCCAUCAAUUAAAGAGAUUGAUAUCCUCGAGAACUUGACGGAAGAUUUUGCGAGAGAUGAAGCAAGUUUAUUGCUCGCCGACGAUUCAAUGAAUAAUAAAAUAUCUAGACCCCCGAGCGCUACGUCGACGUUCGAACUGAUUGAAGAAAUUCCAAAACCAAGCAGUCCGUAUAACGAUAUCAUAUUUGAAAACGUCGAGCAGAGCUUGAAGACUUCCUCGAAAUCUUCAGAUAAUUCGCGUUCUGUUACGCCAUCUUAUCUGGAUACGCCUCAAAACGCUGAACAGGCAGUAUCGAGGACUUCAUCCAGGAUCUCGGAUAAAUCACGUUCCAGCACCCCGGCGCACCUGGACGCGCCCGAAAACACGGAACAGAAUAAAACUCCCGAUAAGUCGCGUUCCAACACUCCGGCCGAAUUGGAGCCGCAUGGAAACGCGGAUCAGGAAUCGAAAACGCCGAUCAAGACGCCGGAUAAGUCACGCGCGAAUACACCAGCCAGAUCGGAGUCGCUUGGAGACGCAGAACAGGAAUCGAAAACGCCGAUCAAGACGCCGGAUAAGUCGCGCGCGAGUACACCAGCCAAAUCAGAGCUACUUGGAAAUGCGGAACAAGAAUUAAAAACGCCGAUCAAGACGCCGGAUAAAUCGCGCGCGAGUACUCCAGCCAAAUCAGAGCUACUUGGAAAUGCGGAACAAGAAUUAAAAACGCCGAUCAAGACACCGGAUAAAUCGCGCGCGAAUACUCCAGCCAAAUCGGAGCUACUUGGAAAUGCGGAACAAGAAUUAAAAACGCCGAUCAAGACACCGGAUAAAUCGCGCGCGAGUACUCCAGCCGAAUCGGAGCCGCCUGUACACGCGGAACAGAAAUCAAAAACACCGAUCAAGACACCGGAUAAGUCGCGCGCGAAUACUCCAGCUGGAUUAGAACCGUCUGAAAACACAGAACAAGAAAUGACAACGCCAGUCAAAACGCCGGAUAAGUCGCGCGCGAGUACUCCAGUCGUCCAGCUGGCACCGUCUCCAAAUCCGGAGAAAGAACCGCAUCUAACCCCAACAAAGACGCCUGACAAGUCGCGUUCGAGCACGCCAGCCGGAAUAGAAUCGAGUGGCGGCGAAGUUUCCGUCGAGAAUUCACAUGGCGACAAAUCUGGCGAAAAUACUUUACAAGUGAAAGAGUCCGGCAAACCGGCCUCCUUGUUGAGUUCGCCUAACUCAGCGAGCGACAAGGACGGCAAGUCAUUAAAAUCCCCGAAAUCCCCGAAAUCACCGAAAUCAUCUACGAUACCGGAGAGCCAAGGUAAAUUGUCGAUGCCGGAAUCAGCGACAUCCCCGCCAAGAUCACCUGGAGGUGUGAAGGGCUUCGAUAACGGGGAACAACGAUCGUUAUCUUCGGGUGGUAGCCCUCGAUUGAAAUCUCCGAAAUCACCUGCAAAACAGACAGAGAGUGAGAAAAAGAAGAAAACAUCCUUCGUCGAAACUACUAAGAAAUCGGUAGAAAUAGCGGACACGACACCGAUUCUGACAGCAACAUCCCCAUCAAAGCCUACUGCUCCACGUCCGCAAACACCGACAAAACCGGAUGACGAAAAAAAGCCUACAAAGAAAAAAGCGAUCCAAAAUGGCAGCGAAUCACAAACUAAUGCGGCGUCGACUACAAAUGGAGUAGCAGAAUCGCCAACUAAAAGGUCUAAAGAAAGCGACAAGAGAUCAACCGCUGGAUCACCUACGAAAUCACCUAGCAAAUCUGCUAAAUCACUACCGCGAACUCCCGACACGCCUUCGUCGACUGCCCAGGAGAAAAAGAAAGUACCAAUGAACAAAGUUCAAGUUGGCGCUGCACCCUCUCCGAAUCUGAAGACUGUGCGAUCGAAAAUUGGCUCUCUGGACAACGCGAGUUAUAAACCGGGCGGCGGCAAAGUGAAGAUAGAGAACAGAAAGCUGGACUUUAGCAAAGCACAACCGAAGAUCGCCGCGAAAAAUGAUAAAUACACACCUAGCGGUGGCGACAAAAAGAUCUCCCAAGUGAAACUUCAAUGGACUGCUAAAUCCAAAGUGGGCUCCUUAGAAAACGCAACUUACAAGCCAGGCGGUGGCGACAAGAAGAUUGAGACGGUAAAACUCGAUUUCAAGGAAAAGGCGAAACCUAAAGUUGGAUCCAAAGAAAAUACGAAACAUGUUCCUGGUGGUGGUGCUGUUAAGUCCGCAUCUCCACCUAAGACACCGCAGGAAACGAAGAACGACAUCCCGACGCAAAAAAUAGAAAUCAAGGCCGAAAGUAAAAUUGGUUCACUGGACAAUGUGAAGCAUAAGCCGGGCGGUGGCGAAAAGAAAAUUUUCAACGACAGAGACUAUCUUCGACAAACGAGUUCCAACGUGGAAAGCCUGGACGGCAGCGGAUCUCAGAGCCCCGUGCCCUCCGGCGCGAUCACCAACUCCGGCAAGAAUGGCCUGCCAGCCUCGGACGAGAACCUGAACCAGGAAUGCUAGGUCACGAAAAGUCGGCCGAUAGACCCGCUUUAACUAUAUCAUUUGCAUACGAUUAAUCACGUUUACCUUCAAUCCAACCCCCUUUAGAGGACGAACGAGCGCGGUCCUCGCACGCGCCUGAUCGAGAGCGAUGUUGAGACAGACGGGCGCACGAAACUCCGCGGAAAAAACGGAGCUUUGCGAUCGAUAUCUCUCGUCCCCGCGCGCGAAUGACGGAAAUUUUUCGCGACGGACGAACUUAAUCAACGAACGAAGCAAUAUACGUUAUCGCAUUGAUUUGUUGUUAAGUCGAGCGCGAAUUCCGAGUGUGCAUCUUAUUCUGCAUUUGCAGCAACUUUUAAUUAUCUUAAAAAAAAAAAGAACAAAUGGGAUAGAUCAUGAUAAAAAAACAUUCUAUAAAAAAUACGCAUAAUACAAAUCUACGUAAUAUAUCUACAUACACAUAAUAAUGUCUUAUUACGUAAAUCAUAAAGCGCGCAAGAGAAGUGAAAAAUGACUGAGAAUUUCUAUUAAUAUACAGCAGUAAAAAAAAAAACAAUUUUCACGCGCUGUGCAAAGUCUUUAUUUUUUUAAGUAAUGGAAUAAUUUUUUUAUCGAGUGUUAUAUUCUUGUCACAUGACUCCUUUUUACGAUUUAAUUAUUGAUAUGACAUCUCUUUUAUGUACCCCUAUAUAAAUAUGAGUAAUUUGCAAAUUAUCGAUUUUUGAUACGCAUUUGUGUCAUAAAAAAUAAUAUUACGAUGCAUCACGAUUUAUCAUCAUCGCGCAUAUCAAGCUGCAAUGAUACAUUCAUAAUCUAUUACAAUGAAUCACGCAUAGUACGGUAUAAUUGCUUAAGAAGUUAAAUCGAUAAUACGCGAUAAGAAUAACGAAUGUAUCGACGAGCCAAACUAUAUAAACGAAUUCAAAUUUUUCAUAUUUAAUUUUGCGGAAAAUGCGAGUAUAAUCGUAUCAUCUUGAAUUUUUAUUUAAUUUACAGUAUCAAGCUGUAUUUAAUAUAUAGAGGGUGUAAUAUUGAUUUUAUUCUCAUUUAAUUCUCUAGCCUCUUAAUUAUUUCUUUACGUAGAUAAAAGAUAAAAGUACAACAAUCCAUAAUCCGUGCGUCAUCGUAACGUAGGAAAAGUACCAUCGUGCACGUCCUCUCAAGGGAAGUAGACGUUUUAGAUAAAAAAAAAGAAUAAAAAGCGCAUAUUAAUUUUCACGUGAUCUUGACAACCAACGCGCCUCGGUAUCGCGUAUUAUAUCGUCGCAUUUCAUCGUCAUGGAGCGACAUUGGGAUAAUUAAAUUGCGAACAACGGUAGUUACCAAUUCGCGCAAGAUAUAAUUUCGCUUGACGUGGUCUGAUGAUUUCUGAAGAGACGAGAGACUACAACGCAGACAGCAAUAUCGAUCGGCGCAGAAUGGAUCAUUAGACAGCCAACGUUGCACCAAUGAUUGAUUAAUCGGU